UGCUUUGCAUCCGCUGUUCCUCUGCUCUCAUCAGCCUUCCUGGCAGCAAUCUCAUCAGCAUUUCUGGCAGCAAUCUCAUCAGUUUCCUGGCAGCAAUCUCAUCAGCAUUCCUCACAGCAAUCUCUGGUUACUGAGGGACGCUUUCACACCUGGAUGUCAUCAGAUUCUCAGCUCACAUGGCCCCUUAUUCACCAUGCUCCAAAACAUGUCUUCUCCUUCCUGUUCUCUCCAACUCUGUGUGCAGAACCCCACCUCUUCAUGAAUAUACAAAUAUAUAUGCAGUCU